UAACUGUUUCCAUAGUAACGAAGUCGUGUGUUAACACUCGGCUUCCUCUUUUGUACACAAUUUUCCACGACUGUUUUACAUACAACAUUUCGUUGUUGUUACGAUGGCAGACGAUAUUGAUGAAUUGUUGGAAGAGGUAGAAAAUAAAUUUUUUAAAAGCAAGCCCAGCGAUAAUUUACAAAAAAGCGAAAGUGAUGUAACUUCACUGGACAGCAUUCUUUUUGAUAUUGGAGAAUAUGAGUCAUUAAAUGAUGAGCUUUUUUCUGAUCAAAUGAGGAAUCCAAGAACACAAAGGAAAUGUUUCCCAGUGUAUUUAAGUGGAACACAGAUCAGCAAAGGAUGUACAACUGCAGGAGAAAUAAGGGCAUGUGACAAGCUACAUUGCACAUCCUGUGACUUCUCAGUAGCCGUGUAUGGGAACAUGGCAUGGAGAGAUGGUACGGAUUACUUAUUCCUUCGGACAAACAUGCCAGAUUUUGCCAAAGUGAGCACAAAUCUCAAAACUGCAGAACAGUGGCAGGCUUAUGCUUGUCAAUGCUGCCACCAAUCAACACGUGAACUUGUUGACCUAAAUACAUUGCCAACCAUUCAGUGGAUCUGCAAAGGUCAUUCCACAAAAGAUACAAAACAUAGCAGUUCCUGAAUGUCUGUUAUUAUUCUGAUGUAAUUUGUAGCAGUUUUCAGAUGUUGCUGUAGCUCUCAUAGUAUAGUUUAAAUGCUUCAAUUACACAAGAGAUUUCACUGCAUUUGUUUUAGUCCUAGUUGUAGUAAUGUCUUCCUUUUCAGUUUGUGAAAAUAUUCUGAUACUUCUAGAGUAGUUGUAAUUUGUAUGUAUGUAAUGAUAAUUUUGCAAAAAGUGCUGAAUUUAAAAGAUAUAUUAUAACUGGGUAUUUUAUUUUAUAAAUCAUAUUUGUAAUAAAUUCUUAGGAUGUCGAAUGUAGUCUUACAGAAUUUACUUACAUAUAACUGAUGUGUAACUACUACUGCAGGUUAAAUAUUUACAGGGUGUUGAAAAAUGUGAUUUCCGUCUGUUGUUGACCUAUGUUAUUUAUAGCCAAAAUGGCUUUAAAGUUCUUAUCACUUACCAGGAAAAAGCUAAAUUUCUCUUUUCUAGAUACAUUGUUAAAAUUACUAAAAAAAUUACUGUUAAGACAAUGACAGGUUUACUGUCAGAUAACUUUUUUCCUUCCUUGAAAUGUACUUUUACCAAAAGCAUUUAAAUGCUUGAGCAAUUGUAUAUGUUGAAUCAUCAGUUUGUGACUGGUCCCAGAUAUUUGCAUAAAAACAACAAGCUAUGUACAAAUAAGCAGGAAGAGUUAAUCACUAACAAGUGUGGUGGCAAAAGUACCAAUUCAGCACAUUUCUGUUUUAUUUAUGCCAUCACCUCAGAAUAAUUCUAAGCUUUUCUUCCAUAAGCCCUCUACUGAUGGUUUCCUUUCUAACUGAAUGAGUGCUUGUAAUGUACCCUCUUUCGUCCGGGGUGAAUAUCAAAUAUCAAGCGACAAACUUUCAAUUCAUUUAAAUGCUAUUUCAAACCCUGAGAUUAUGAUGAUCAAUUGACGAUACCCCGCCAGCUUGGGUGGCCUGUAUCUACAACAGAUGAUGUUAAGCUUAAUAUUUAGACAAAAGAAUGAUACAUCACAGAAUACUAAAACUAAUUAAAAUACCUUACCUUUAGAUGCUGAAUUUGGUCUCAUUGUCUUGAUUCUCGCCAUGGUGCGUUCCAUCCAUCUAACAUUGUUAAUAUUAGGUCCGGGUCUUUGUGUGCUAAUGAAAACUGGUACUCGCUUUUUGUUUUACUAUUGAUUCUUAAUUUUUAUUAAUUUAACCUUUUCACAAUAAUUUCCAUCUUCAUAUCACAUACUAUUUAUACUCUCUAUAUAAGACGACAGACUUCCUUCUGUACUCCCAUCAACAGUCCACCUCACAAAACCACGCUCUCCCCACAACAGUCCAACUAACUCACUCCAACAGUCACCUUAACAAUGUCUGACUCUCUACCUUUCACACACAAAUGUCUUUGGCUCACACUGGUGCCAACAUAUUCUCCAGAAAUAAACAAAUAAAGUUCACAUUAUAGAAUAAUAUAAUAAAAAAGAUUUGGGCAAAAUUAAAUACUACAUACAAUAACAUUAAAUAAAAAAAUCAUAGAAAUAAAAUUGGAGCACUGACCCUGCAAGGGCAGAUGCGACUAUAAGGGUGGUAUCGCACUCUUCAGUAGUCCGUUACAUUACACACACCCCUCGAGAUUUCAUGCAAAAGUAUUUUGCAAGAGAUCUAGACAGAUAUGCAAAGCAAUGAACCACUGUUUUUUUUAUGUAAUUAAUGUAAUCUUCAAUAGUUGUCUUCUCGUAUCUUUCUGCUGGUCUUUUCCUCUUGAAUUCGUCCCUUUAAUCGCCUUAUCUGUCAAAUUAUAUCAUGGUAAUUUUCCUGAAAUCAUACAAAACUUAAUUAGUCACAUAUAAAUACAUUGAUAUCUCACCCAGGAUGCCUCUUCCCUACCAUACUGAGUUUGAUUACCAGAGUUCACUUACAUAUUUAUAUAAUGAUUGUACAAAUUUAUUAGACACUAAAAGAAAGACAUAAAAGAGAUAAAUGUGGUCUUAUAUCGACUUGGUUUUAACAUCAGCUAAAAAGGUUAUUGUCAAUUUACUUCAGACAUCUACUGAGAAAUAUGUGGCUAAUAUUUAUUUUGAUGUAAAGAGUAUCAUUUGAACAAUCUCAGUUAAAUAAGCGACUCAGCAUCCUCAUAUCAAUAAGUUUUCCAUAAUAUAAAGUAAAAUAGCUAAAAAGUGAGGGUUUAGAAAUGGCAGUGCAAUGGGAUCAUGUUAACCCAGCCAUCAUCAGUGGUAUCAUGCUUCACUUGUACAUAUGUAUAAAAUAAUUCAAAUGUACAAAUUCAGAGGUGGCAUUGCGAUGGGAAUCUGUAAACCCCGUCAAAUGUAGUGGGAAAAUACUUUUCUCACAAAUAUAAAUUAAAUAGUAAUAAAGUGAAUACAUGUAAAUAC